AUGUCCUCUUAAUGCGGAAGUAUUUUCAAGAGCAGCAACAGCCGCACAGCCGCAGCUGCCACUGUUGGGUAAACGCGUUGCUGCUACCCCAGCGGGCUUCCUUGCCUUCUCUUCUCUACUCUGCGUGGAUUGUCAGCGUUCAUCCGGGUCAGGCAGAAGAGGACUAUUAUGUGAGCUCAGCGCCAAGUUGUGGGAGCGCCGUGCACACUGAGUUUUCCUGAGUCAUCUAUAUGGGCCAUAUUCUUUCGAAAAAUGGUUACCGCCUGAAGAAGAGGUCUCGCAAGCAGCAUCACAAGAAGAAGAAGAAGAGGAACUGUUUCCUGCAGGGGCCUUGCAUGCUCUGCUUCAUUGUGCACAGUAGUAGCAGCAGCAGCAGCAACAGCAGCGGUGGCGGCGGUGUCGUCGGUAGCCUCAACGACGACAACGAUUCAUUGGAGACCACCGGGAUCAACGGCAAUAACAGCGGCAUCAACAGUAUCGGCCCAGCGAUAGCCGCCUCCAAGCUCGCAGAGCGGUACGCGACGCUCGCCUCUCCCGAGGACUGCUCCAAGUUCCUGCUCACUUCGCCAGAGUUAGCUAUUUGGGAAGGCCAGGGGAGGAGCUUGUUAUCAACUGUUCCGGCUAAGCUGAUUCCACCGCCUGCUCUUUUUCGGACUGCUGGCGUGUCUGUGACUGUACCCAUUCCUGUGCCUGUACCUGACUACGCUGAGAUGGUGUGUAAGAGGAAGUGUUCAGAGGUCCAGAGGUGCACCCCUUGCAACAAGCAGCCACGCUGUGCCUUUGCUGCCCCCGAUGGGGGCUUGGAAAACGGUGGAGUGGGAGGAAGUGCUGGAGAGGCUUCUACGAACUCUGAAACUGGUCACUGCCACCUUCCACUCCGCUCACUUCCCUCUUGCUCCUCCUCUUCUCCAUCCUCCUCUUCGACACCGGCCGAUGGUCAGGUUGGUCCACCCCAUAGCUUGGACAUGUCCCCCUCCAGCCUGCAGAACUGCGACGACUGCCAGGUCAAAGGUUGUGAUGCUGCUGACCCUUUAAGUAUCAACCACCUGCCUUCCUCUAUUCUUCUUAAGGUUCUCUCAAACUUGACGGUGAAGGAGCGCUGCCUGUGUGCUUCUUUAGUCUGCAAGUACUGGAGGGACCUCUGCUUGGACUUCCAGUUCUGGAAGCAAAUCGACCUCAGUGGCCUACAACAAGUAAACGAUGAUCUCCUGGUGCAAAUAGCCUCUCGACGGCAGAAUGUGACGGAGAUAAACAUCUCCGACUGCAGGGGGGUCCACGACCACGGCGUCUCAGCUUUGGCUUCUCACUGUCCAGGUCUGCAGAAGUACACAGCGUACAGGUGCAAGCAGCUGGGAGACUCAUCCUUGGCUGCCUUGGCUACACACUGCCCUCAGCUGGUGAAGGUGCAUGUAGGCAACCAGGACAAACUGACGGACAGAGCGCUAAUAAAGAUAGGAGAGCGCUGCAGUGAGCUGAAGGACAUUCACCUGGGUCAAUGCUACGGCGUCAGUGAUGACGGCAUGGUGGCUUUGGCCAAAGGAUGCCCCAAACUGCAGAAACUGUACUUGCAGGAGAACAAACUGGUGACUGACCAGUCGGUGCGAGCGGUGGCUGAGCAUUGUCCAGAGCUGCAGUUUGUUGGAUUCAUGGGAUGCCCUGUGACGUCCCAGGGAGUCAUCCAUCUCACCGCACUGCGCAACUUGACCGUCCUGGACCUGCGGCACAUAUCUGAGCUGAACAAUGAGACAGUGAUGGAGUUGGUGAGGAAGUGUUGCAAACUCAGCUCCCUCAACCUCUGCCUCAACUGGAGCAUCAAUGACAGGUGUGUGGAAAUCAUCGCCAAGGAGGGGCGGAGCCUCAAGGAGCUUUAUCUGGUCUCCUGUAAAAUCACCGACCACGCUCUGAUAGCCAUAGGCCAGUAUAGCAGCACCAUAGAGACGGUGGAUGCCGGCUGGUGUAAGGACAUCACAGACCAGGGAGCCAUGCAGAUUGCACAGAGCAGCAAGUCCUUGCGCUACCUGGGCCUUAUGAGAUGUGACAAGGGAUUGUACUUUACCCAACUCCUCCAAGAGAAUCCCGGCCUAUUGAGCCCAAACUGGAAUCCCUGAAGGCAGGUCAUAAUGGAGCCUUGAAAUCGGAACCCUUAUGCACAUGACAUGUUCCUCCUGCCUGCGAUGAUAACACUUGUUCCCCCAGGGCCAGACGCUGACAUAGCCAGAGAAUGCCAUUGAUCCACCCUGAAAAAAAUCAAAUAAAUGAAUUUGGUGUACUUGUAGCUGUAAAUCUUUGAAUGUCUUUCAAGUAAAGGACUUAAUGGUGUUGAAAACUGAUUCAGUGCGCCAUAAGUCAGUGUGUCUGAGAAAAGUUAAAUGCUAGGUCUUGUCCGUGGGCGUAAUUCAUCUUUCCACACUUCCACAAACACACAGGAACAAUGUGUUUUUGUGUCUGCGCUAUACCUUUGAGGCGAGGGAUCCAUUGCGUUGGCGUCAACAUUAGCUCAUCAGACCGGGAGACACCAUCAUCAUCAUCAUCAUAUCAACAUGUGGAAGUAUCACAAAUGCAAGGCUCAUCUGGAUACUAUACGAUGUAGCUAACCUUGCAGCGUUAGGUUGAUUUGUACACAAGUUACUCCGAGUGCAGGCCUGUCCUUUAAACGGCCUUUCAUUGCACUCCUCAAAGUCGACUCUGGUUGUUUUAUAUCGGACUUAAAAAAUAUAUAUUUCACAGUAUAUCACAGCACCUUGAAAGAUUGUUUUCUCAUAAAACGAACCUGCACAAAAUUGGUCCUACACGGUCAAAGAAAGUUCAAUUUGCCCCAAAGGUUGUAAAGUGAACUUUUUCCCGAUUUAAACUCACAUGAACAUCGAAAAAAAAGAACCUACCGGAAAAAAGGCUGAUGCAAAAUAGAUAAUUGAAUGAAUUAUUUUACGUUAUACGCUAUAUGGCAACAUCCAUGCUGUUCAAAGUGCUGCAUUUGUUGUCUUAUGUCAUCCACCUCGGUAGCUGCCAUUUGUUUCUUCCCUGCCAUAAUCAUAUCAGUUGAAGCUCGGCAUGAUGGAUUUGCCAGAUUAUACACCUUUGUUACUGCUAAUCCUGCUGCUUUGCGAGGUAAAUCAAUAAAUCGUAUACAAUGGGAGUUCCAAAUAAAAUGUCAGAAGGAUGUGAUAGACACUGAGGACAGCGUGGGCUUUUGCCAGCAGCAUUAGGAUUGGAGUGAUGAUAAAAUGGGAACAACCUGGCACCAGAGACUGUUCAUAUCCACUGACCAUCGAGCUAUAAUCAUUUUGGGCCAGAUGCAGAGCUCCCUUAAUCGACACACGGAAUGGUAGGGGGUCCCCGACAAAAUAACAGGUUUCAUCCGCUAAUGCAAGAUUUGACCAAUGCCCAAACAGGAACAAGAAGCUAACCGUGUUGGAAUAAAAGUGUUUUUUGGUGAAAUCCAUGGUCAUAUUUUACCAAGCUCCUUGGGAAUUCAGCCUCAGGAGCCCAAAUCGGAAUCAUGGAUACUCGCCAAAUGGAUACGCUUUAGGAUUAGUGUUGGGCAUCGUUUGAAUUCCAAUGCUUUUAAGAGGCAAGAUCAUAAAAUUUUGCAUGGUUUAAAUGAGGGAGCUUACCAGACUUCUUUUGGGAUGAAAUAUCUGAACGUGCUCGUGAUUUUUGUUUUAAUGAUAUUUAUGACUUUCAUGUCUGUUGCCGUAGCUGCUGUCCGUUAUUUAUAGCGAACAUCCACAAUGUCGGCGAGCAUGCUGAAAUCCUUUAUAACAUUGGCACGAGAUAGACAUCAUUUUGUGUUUGACUUUGCAGAUUCUGACUGCUCAGAGGAAGUCCGUCGUUGCUUAUGAAAGACAUAAAUCCAGAGGUCAUGUUGGUUGUCGCCCUCCUUUGGAUGAUAUCAUUGUGUUUGCAAAGGUUGCACUGAGCCGACCGCUCAUUUUUAUGACGUUGGUGCUCGCCUGGCUUCUUUGUUGGUGAUCCAGUUGGUGAAGUGGGCAUUGAAACUAGGAAUCGAAAUAAAAACAAAGCGAUCAUGAGAAAUUGAGAAUAGCCACGUUUACAUGAGGAGUUUUUCCUCUUUCCGAAUGGAAUCUUUCCGAAUGACUUAUCUGAAAACAAUGGAAUACAUGGAAAGGAAUAUUCCAAUCGCGUGUCUACAUGCGCCGCUAUAAUCAAACAGAAUAGUCAAUGGGGCAUGCACAGUAAAGCGUAAACAUCAACAUCACGUGAUACCGACUUCCCCGAGUUUUUCUUUCACUUGUUGGAAUAACUCCGUAUUGCCAGUUUUUCGUUCGUCCAGUCUUGAAAUUUAGUUUGGAUCAAAAAACAAACUUUCAGCAGCAGUCCAGUGCCGAUUGCUCACCUCCAUUUUUAAAACUGAAGAGCAUCUCAAGCUGCGUGUUACGUCAUAUCUGAGCAUGUGUUGAAAGAAGACAACCGGGAUAAAUUUAAACAGGAAAAGAUCAAAUUCAAUCUUGCUAAUAUUUUAUCAUUAAACUUGGGACAUGUUUUAUAUAGAUAUGUAUUUUCUUUUUAAAGAAAAACUGGACUUGUGAAUAAAGUAUAGAAGGGUUUAGAUUCUGUUCCACAGAUGGCGGUAAUGCACACAAAAGCUGCUUGCCAACCGCCAAUAAACAACAGAAGAAGAACGCACCCUGACAACUUUCCGUUUGAGCGGGUACAAGAUACCUCAAUCGGAUUCGGGAAAGGAAUAUUCCACCCCUGGGAAUCCGAUUAUAUGUUCAUUCGCAUUUGCACUUUUCUUUUGGAAUGAGGUGUAUACAAAUAGGGAUCGACCGACAUGGGUUUUUUUCGGGCUGAUGCCGAUACCAAUUUUUUUCCCGUCACCCUUAGCCGAUGGCCGAUUUUGCUUAGGCCGAUACAGCUUUUGCUCCCUCAAUUUACAUGAAAAAUAUCAAUGCUAACAAAUAUUACAGGUCUCAAGAUUAAACAAACUUUAUUGAAAUGUAAACACUGAACACAGUAGGAUUCAUCUUUCUUAAACACACAUUUAAACGGCAUUAUCAACUUUAAAAGGAAUAAAUAUUCAACCAUGUGCAAAACAUCUCUGUCGUAGUUUAAGUUUUAUCUAGCAUCAACGUGAUGACUGCUCCUCCGCCUCCACACACAAACACAUCACACUGACACAAUUUAGUACGAUAUAUAAAACAUUUCUCUCAUCAUUGAAGUUCGUGUUGUGCACGCUAAAGACCUUUAGAGACCUUUAGGGUCUGUUAAUCAUGCGGCGGAAAAAUACAAUGGCGAACCCACGCGCGUAUCAGCUGAUACCGAGUCAAGUAAAGAACGCAAAUAUUGGCCGGCCGAUGUAUCGGUCGAUCCUUAACACAAAGGUUAAAUUCUUUCCGUUUGAGCAAAUAAACCGAAUCCGAUAUUUGGGACCAUGUUUAUGUGGCUAAUGUUAGUCCCAGUUCGCAUGCCCAAUCCCACUUAGGAUAUAGGUGGAGCAUUUGCUUCAAACUGUAUACUUGCAUUAAGUUCUCUGUUCAGCGCAGCUCGCUUUUAGAUUGCUUCUUAACGGAAAACGUGUUUAAAUGCGAGUAAAUCAAACAGCGGCUGUUCCAGUAACAUGAUCCUCAAUCCCACCUUCUGAUCCUGCAAAGGUCAAAAAUGAUUUUUUUUUAGUUCCUGUUUGCCGUAGCAGAUCUUCUGUCUGACCCUGAGAACAUUUGCAGCCUUCAUUGUUUGGUGAUGUAUCACUUUGGGGAUUUUGAUCUCUAUUCAGCCUUGGUGGAAUGUUUUUGCAGCUUGCAUAUACUAUAUAUGUACUUAUUUUUUUCCCAGAUCAUCUUCUGCUGCUUCUCCUCUGUUCUUUCGCUUGUCAGCUUUCGCUUCUCUGUUCCCCCUCAUUCUUUUAACACUCUCCCUCGCCUGUAGGGUCCCCCCGCCCCCCCUCUCCCUCUUUCCACUACUUCAUUAGAGUGAAAACAAAUGGGCAGCCCGGGUUGGGGAACAGAGA